AUGCGUCUCAUAAAGCUUGGUGACGAUGGUGAGCCUUGCCUGAUCGAGCGAAGUGGGGAUAGCGUUCCUGAAUAUGCCAUCCUUUCGCAUACGUGGGGUCCAGAUGGGGAUGAGGUCACUUAUGAGGACCUAAUGACGGGAGCCGGCAAACAAAAACCAGGCUACAACAAGAUCCAAUUCUGCGGAAACCAGGCCAAGAUCGAUGGUCUGCAAUUCUUCUGGAUAGACACCUGUUGCAUCGACAAACGUAAUUACACCGAGCUUUCAACAGCGAUCAACUCUAUGUUUCGCUGGUACCGCGAUGCCACUCGGUGUUAUGUGUAUCUCUCAGAUGUUCCCGUCCCUCAAGAUCCAGCCUCUGUGGAAGAAUCAGCUUUCCCGAACAGCCGAUGGUUCAAGCGAGGCUGGACGCUUCAAGAACUUGUGGCGCCGCCGUCCGUUCAGUUCUUUUCUCGGCACAGCAAAUGUCUGGGAAGUAAGAGGUCACGAGAGCAACAGAUUCAUCAAAUAACUGGCAUUGCGGUCGAAGCACUUCGAGGAAGCGCCUUGUCUCACUUCAGUACGGACGAGAGAUUUUUAUGGGCAGCAAAACGUCAGACAACAGUCGAAGAAGAUGCGGCGUACUGUCUUCUCGGCAUCUUCGACAUCCAAAUGCCGCUUAUCUACGGAGAGGGACGACAAAAGGCAUUGGAUCGGCUUCGGAGGAAGAUACGAAAGUCUCUAGGGGCACCGACAGCCCCAAUCCAAUCAGCAUGGACCGUCCCAUUCGAGAGGAACCCCCGUUUUACCGGUCGUAAACACCAGCUUGCUCAGCUGGAAGGCAUGCUGUUCGCCAGGGACUAUACCACGAAGACUGCUGUCGUGGGACUCGGCGGCGUAGGGAAGACACAACUUACGCUCGAGUUGCUCUUCAAAACAAAAGACAGACACCCGGAUUGUUCCAUCAUAUGGAUACCGGCUACCAACAAGGAAAGUCUGCAUCAAGGAUACCUCGACGCGGCGCAGCAACUUGGCAUACCCGGAUGGGAGGACGACAAGGAGGAUGUGAAAAGGCUGGUGCAGAGGCACCUGGGUAAAGAAAGCACGGGCCGGUGGCUGCUGGUAUUCGAUAACGCAGACGACAUGGACAUGUGGAUCCCCAAGGUUAGAUCUCAGCUGCAGGCUGAGGAAGGACCACGACCUUUGAUCGACUGCCUUCCGAAGAGCAAACAAGGAGCCAUCCUGUUCACAACGCGCGACAGGAGGCUCGCAGUCAAGCUCGCGCAACAGAAUGUCGUAGAAGUUCCGGAAAUGGGAGAAGACGCUGCAGCUCAGCUGUUAGAGAAGUGCCUAGUCGAUCCAACGCUUGUCAAAAGCCCGCAGGACACAAGCGCCCUGCUUUCACAGCUCACUUGCCUCCCCCUUGCCAUUGUUCAGGCAGCAGCUUACAUUAACGAAAAUGGAAUAGCGAUCGCAGACUAUCUAUCACUCCUGGUAGACCAGGAAGAGGAGGUUAUUGACCUGCUCAGCGAGGAAUUCGAAGACGACGGGAGAUACCGAGAUGUGAAGAACCCAGUAGCCACGACAUGGCUGAUUUCCUUCGAGCAGAUCCGGCAGCGUGAUCCGUUUGCAGCUGAAUACCUAUCGUUCAUGGCCUGCGUGGAGCCAAAGGACAUACCGCAGUCUCUUCUUCCGCCAGGGCCGACGCGGAAGAAGGAGGUCGAGGCUCUUGGGACGCUCAGUGCUUAUUCUUUUAUCACCAGACGGCCAACAGAUAUGGCCCUUGAUCUCCAUCGGCUGGUACAUCUGGUAACCCGCAACUGGCUCCGCCAGGAAAAGAGGCUAAGCCAGUUGGCAGAAAAAGCUAUUGUGCGAUUGGAGGAGGUUUUCCCGAAUGAUAGCCAUGAGAAUAGAAUUCUCUGGAGGACUUAUCUGACACAUGACGGCCGAUGGGACGAGGCCGAGAUUCCAAUCACACAAGUUCUCAAAAUGGAAGAGAGAGUGCUGGGAGCGGAUCAUCCUUCUACGCUGACCAGCAUGGCUAAUCUGGCGUCGACGUACCGGAAUCAAGGUCGGUGGGAUGCAGCGGAAGAGCUGUUUGUGCAAGUGAUGGAGACGAGCAAGAAGAAGCUGGGAGCGGAUCAUCCAGACACGCUGACCAGCAUGGCUAAUCUGGCGUCGACGUACCGGAAUCAAGCGAGUGUGUACAGCGUCGGCAACGCGUUCUAG